AUCUCCAUAAUCCAAGGAGUUCUCUCUGAUAUCAACGUGAAAAAGGGCGAAUGCGAGUGCCAGUACUACAUCGACAAACUGGAAUAUCUGGAUGAGAAACAGAAAGAUCCGCGCAUCGAAGGCAGCAAAGCUCUGCUGUGCCACGGGGAGCUGAGGAAUAAAAACGGCCACAAGCUGUACGUGUUCCUGUUCCAAGAGGUGCUGGUUGUGACGCGGCCGGUGAUGCGGGGCGAGCGCCAGGCGUUCCAGGUUUAUCGCCAGCCCAUCCCCGUGCAGGAGCUGCUGCUGGAGGAUCUGCAGGACGGGGACGUUCGAAUGGGCGGCUCCUUCCGAGGGGCUUUCGGCAAUUCUGAUAAAGCCAAGAACAUUUUCCGGGUGCGUUUCCAGGAGGCCGGAGCSGGCCAGGCUCACACGCUGCAGGCCAACGACGUUUUCCACAAGCAGCAGUGGCUCAACUGCAUCCGCAGCGCCGUGGCUCCGUUCCGCGGAGCUCCGCCCGGCCCCGAGCUGCCGGAGCUCCGCGAGGAGGCCGAGGAGAACGACCCCUCCGCGCCCAAGCUCCGCGCUCCRAAGCGCCCGGCGCGGAGCUCCGCMGUGGAGCCGGAUGAGAGCGCGGCGCGGAGCUCCGCCGUGGAGCYGRAUGAGAGCGCGGCGCGGAGCUCCGCCGUGGAGCCSMAUGAGAGCGCGGCUCGGAGCGGCUCCGUCCCGGACUCCAAAACGCUCCGAUCGCACAGAACCUCGGCCGGCCACAGGAAAUCCAGGGAGAAGCAGCGGAAAGAAACGCUGGUGUAAGGAAAAAGAAAACCAAAAAAAAACCAAAAACCAAACCCCGGUGUCACCAUGGGGGAAAACU